AUGUCACAUGGCGCCAACCCCAGAAAUGGAAGUCCGGGGCUUUUCACCUCUAGUCCAGGCGCAGCUAAGAAUACAGACCCGUCGCGUCAUGCUCAGUUUUACUCCGACCUUGUUCCGGGCAUGAUUCCUGUCGCCCUCCUCGGUUCUGCAGUAUACUUGGUUUCGCAGGGCAUGCGCCUGCUUCAAGCAAGCCUUUCGCAUGAGAAGUACCUGGAACAGGCUGAAGCGCGGGUGAAGGAACUAGAGGUUGAGAUUGAGACGCUAAUGCAUGCGCAAGCACACGGGCAGGAUGCGAGCAGUGGGGCUCACAGUGACCCGAGUAAUGGUAUCUGCCCAUUAGCCUGA